UUUGCGAUAGUCCCCGUGUAUCUGUAUAUGUGUAGUCGACCGACCACCCACUGUUGGUGUCAGUAUUGUGUCGUAUCUGUAGUUUGGACUUAGAUAUUGACGAAACGUCCGACCGUAUCUGCGGCAACCGUAGGAAACUAUGGAAACCGUGAUAACAAGACUAUUGUCAUUUAUUCUUACUGUAAUCGCGACUCGCGAACAAUCUGGUGAAUUGACGAAACGUUUCGGGAAAUAUACCGCGGACAUGAGUAAAUUACGAAUGGCUAUAAAUUAUAAAAGUUUAGAGUCAGAACUCGAAGAGACUGUCAAGGCUGACGAACUGUACAAAUUACGGAACGACGCUAAACUUAGAGCAAUGGAACAGAAUGUACCUACGUACGAGCACUUUAGACAAAUAGUAAAUGCAGCUCAUCUAAAACCUGUGGAGCGCAGAGAUGCUGAAUCUAAAGCAAAGACGUGUUGGAAUCAUGCGGCGAACGCUGAAAGUCGUCGUUGUUAAUACGGAAAGAGAACGGGUACGUAGUCGGGUGGGCGAAUAUGAAAAACAGAAU